UUUAGUGACCGUUUCGCACGUUGGCUACACGACGGUCGUCGUUAGAUUUACUGGGUUUGGAUGGCUCUCAUCUCACUUGCUAAUGUGCAGGGAGUGAUGAUAAUGGUUGUGGGUUAUCGGGGUGUGAUAUGUUGACGCAGGUGCAACUAGUUCUGCUUCAUUUAUAUUUUAUGAAUGAAAAUCUAAUAUUUAAGGUCUGAAGUGGCAGCAUAUCAGCAAAACUUGUGAUUUUUUUAUUACCAAGGGCGGGGUGUCCAGCGGGCAUGAGCUCCAAGACUGUGCAGAACUCGUUCCUCAUGACGGAGUGUCCGGCGAGGAACGGCUCUACUCCGCGUAGUGCGAGGAAGAGUGAGUGCUUCGCUGACUUACAAUGCAUGCUAGUUGUAUAUGUUUGUAUACCUGUCGUAUUAAACAAGCAAGUUCUGGUUUUAUCAUUUAUUGUGUGCUUUUUUACUGUUUAAGGUUUCUGGGUUAAGGGAUUUACUUCGAACUAGCUCUCUGUUAGUUUCUUUCACUUUUUGUUAUGCAUAUGUUCUGCAGAGACUUGUGUGAUUCUUAAGGUUUUUUUUUUGGUGUUCUUCACAAGUAGCACAAUAGUUAGAGUUCUUUAUAAAUUUAUACAUCCAUGAGUUCUAGAGUAAUAUGUUAAGAAUGAAAUUGCAUGAUAUAUAAUUGCUAUAAGUUAUUAAGUAAUUUAAUGUUUUUAAAUUUUCUGAAUGUGGUAGUUUUUUUUUUGUAUUUCCACCAAAACAACUACUUUUUGGUUGCAUUAAAUGAAGUCAGAUAUAUAAAAUUAAGAAGUACCAUAUUAUGUCCAUGUUGUAAACUUAAUACUGAAAUAAUUAGAGCUGGGCAAGAUCCCAAUUUUUUUUUUGGGAUAAACCAGAAAUGUGCCUUUCCCGAAAAGUUGGAUAGAAAAUUAGUUUUUUUCCCUUUCCUGAUUUUAUUUCUGGUAGAAUGCAUGUCCAAGUGUCAAACUUGUUAAAAAAAAUUUUUUUUGUAAGAAAGCACUGCACUUUUGCUUGAUUCAAUACAUGCUUGUGAUUAGUGCUGUGAGUUGGGUAAAUACCCUACCCACCGGGUAUUUACCUAGGUACUUACCCCUGCCUCUGGUAAAUACCCAAAAUGAGGGUCUUUAAUGUAAAAUCACUUUUUAAGUGUAUAAUCAUAUGGCAUUUUCAUUAUUUUAUUGCUGUAAAUUUAUGCUUAUCUGUUACUAAAUUAACCUUAUAAAACCAUUUAGUAAUCAUAAAUAAAGUGAAAAAAUACACUCAAUUUUUUAAUGAAAUAUAGCAGCAUGUAUUUCAAUAUUUUAGAUAAUAAUUUUCACAAAAUUUACUAGUUAUUCUAAAUCUAAAAUAUAUAUUUUUUUCUUAAGGGAAAUUUUUGUUUUCAUUUGUUUUUAGAAUAUGGCAUUUGUAGUUAAAAAAUUUAAAAUGGUUAUUAUUGACUAAGUAUGGAAAAUGAUGUGGAGUAAAAUUACAAUAUUUUGAUAAAUCUUUAGUGUGUUGAAUUAUCCAACCUUCGGGGGGGAAAAAACCUUAAAAUAAAACUCUUCCCUUCAUGAUAAUAAUAGGUCAGGUCAGGUUACCCUAUUCGCUAUUCCCCAAAAAAAAAAAUUAGUUGUCUGGUUUUUCUAAAUAUUUCACACUGUUGCUUUUCCCCCGUAAGAAUUGUGCUUGGAAAAAAUGGUGGCGUAUAACUAUUCCAUGUUUUUGAUAAGGAAUCACCUAAUAAAGUUUGCAACAUACUUUCAUUAACAUCGUGUAUGGAACAUAUUACUUUGUGAAAUUAUUAAAACUGGACAAAAUUAAAAUUAUCAUUGAUUUAAUGAAAAUACCCAGGUAUUUAUGACAUUUGGGUAUUUACCUGGGUAAGUACCCAAGGUAUUUACCCUUAAUUAUAUAUACCUGGGUAUUUUACAUCUCUACUUGUGAUAUAAAACACACCAUGUUUAGCAGUUGAAUCGCAAACUAAUUUUGGUACCUGAUACAAUACAUGCUUGUGAUAGAAAAUACACCCUGUUUAGCAGUUGAAAACCAAACUAUCAAUAGUACCUGAUUCAUUUCAUGUGCACGAUAUAAAAUACAUCCUGUUUAGUAGUUGAAUUUCAAACUAUUAACAGUGGCAUAACAAAUAUUCACAGGCACAAUUGGUAAAAAACACUAUAUUCAGAAUUUGAAACACAAAAUAUAGUAGAAGUUAUUUCACUGCUGUUUUGAAUGGUAGCGGAAUGUAUAUCAUCAACGAUUGAAAAUAUGAAUCAAACGCGUAAUAAACAGUUAUUUUAUUGUUUUGUAUCACGUCCCAUUAUCAGAAAAAUAAAAUAAAAUUGACUUCGACCAUGGACUACAGCAAAAACACGGGUGUGUUAUGGACUAAAUGUGAAAACAGUAGUUGAAAAAAUAUUUCAGUUGAUAGUAUCGGGUCUAACCUUAGUGUUCUAUGAAAAAUGGUAGAUCAAUACAGUUAUAAUACUAUUUUGUAUAAACCAAUAUCACCAGUUAGCCAAUAUUUAGAGUCAAACUUUAAUUUUUUAAAGAACAAAUCUCCAACUCAUGCAAAGAAAAAUUAAUUGUGUUGAGCAAUAUAUACCUAUACUAAUUUAAAAAAAAAGUACUCUGAAACUUAAUUUGAAAGACUAACAGUGAGUAUUUUCUAUGAUGUUAAUAUUUGGUGUUCAUCAUACAUGCAUAGGUAUAAUUACUUAAUAUUAAUUUUGAUUUUAUAGCAGUUACACCUUUAUGACAUUAAUGAACCACUAGUAUAUUUAUGACUGCUAGUACGGAGUUAGCAAUCACUGACUUAUUAAUUAAAUUUUUUUACUAUAGUAGCUUAGUAGUUACGAGAGUUCUUCAUUCCAAGAAAAUAGGUGUAAAUAUUUCAAUAAUUAAAUGAUGUAAUAAUAUAUUUGUUAUUUUGCCAAGCUUAACUAAUGCAGAAAGAGUAGUGUGGUGAUAUUGGUUUUAACCUCUUAGCAACCUCUUUGCAUGAACUUGUUUAACCUUCAAUAUUACCUCUUAUUCAAAUCUAUGUAUUAAUUCAUGUAAAUAUCUAAGUCUUGUUUUGUGCUUAAUAAAGCCUUAGUUUCUGAAGAUAAGGUUUAUUAUGUCAAUUUAUUAAGCACAUUCUAUCAAGAAACAUUUAAUACAAACAAUGGACAAGUAUUUCAAGCCCGAGAGAUUUGAAGCAGAUCACACAACUGGGAAAAGCUCCUCACAAUGGAAUCACUGGAAGAAAACAUUCAAAGUCUUCACAGCAUCAAUCAAGGCUUCUGAAGCUGAUAAGCUGUUACUACUCUACAAUCACGUGAGUCACAGUAUAUACGAACUUAUUAGCGAAUGUACUUCUUAUGCGUCUGCAAUCAAAAAGCUAGAUUUACUCUUUAUUAAACCUAAGAAUGAAAUAUUUUCAAGGCAUAAACUAAUGAGCCAACACCAGCAACCUGAUGAAAGUGUAAAUCAAUUCUUACAAUCUUUGCGUCUCCUUAGCUCUGACUGCGAGUUCAAAGAUGUUAAAGCAGUGGCUUAUAGGGACGAAUACAUUAGAGCAGGGCUGCCACCACUUAGAAAACAAUAUCCUUGAUUGAAAUGUGAAAUAUCCUGUAAUAUCCUUGUUAUGAAUAUAAAAUAUCCUGUAAAAUCCUGUACAUUAAAAAAUACAAAAAAAAAUGCAAUUUUUAUGAAAAUUACUCUAUCAUAAUGUACGUAACUAUACUUCAAUCAAAACAAUCCAAUUUUUAACACUUUAUACAAGUAUUUACACACACACACACACACACGUAGCCUACACUUCACCACUGGCAGUAUUUGAAUAUCACUUUUUCAGAUGUUUAGCCCUAUUCCUCAUUUCUUCUGUUGGCUGGAAUUCUGCCAUAUUCUUCCUAGAAGAGAUAUGCAACAAAGCAUUUAGCAUUGGCGAUUCAAGGCAUGACCUGUGCGCUGUCUUGAUAAGGUUGAGCUUACUAAAUAUCCUUUCCACCCCUGCAUUGCUGUGUGGAAGAAUAAGCAUUGCCUUUGCAAGUUUACAAAACAGUGGAAAACAUGUUUUCCCAUUAAUUUCAUACUGUGACACUUUAUGCCAGGCCUGCCACCAAAUUAGGUUCCUAAAUCCUCUUUACAGCAUUUAAAAAUCUUGUAAAAUUUAUAGCCGUAAUUGACAUAAUUUAUUUUUCGCGGUAAUUUUAAAUUUACAUUGCAUUCCAAAACAUAAUUUAAAAAAAAAUCAAAUGAAUGUAAAAAAAAUUUUUAAGAUUUGCCACUUACAUUACAAAACUAAUAGUUGGUAAAACAAUAAAAUGAAAAGUAGGUAAUUUAAAAAUUUCUCUUCAGUAUAGGCUUUGGUGCUUUUCUUAUUUACAAACUAUAAAUACAUCCAUACAACUGAAGUUAUUUACAAGUUUAAAAAAAACAAAUGUAUUUCACAUCAUUAACUAGCUACUUUUUCAUGUUCUGUGCUCUUUUCCGCAUCUCGUCAGUGGGCUUGAAGUUCUCAUUCUGCAAUGCAACAGCGCAUUUAACAUUGGUGAUUCCAUUGACGAUCUGUGAACAGUUUUAACCAUCUUGAGAUUGCUGAAAACCCUUUCCACAGCAGAUUUUCUCCAGUUGCAGCACCACUCAAAGCCAUUACUUUGUACAGAUGAGUUUCAACAAUCUUAGAUGGAAAGAACCUUGCUAACACUACAACCUGCCUAGUGACUGUAACAUCAGUUGAUUCAUCACUCAUCUGUGUGAAAAAUUGUGUUUUCAUUGCAUAGGUAACAUAAUCUGCAGCUGAUGAACCCAAAGAUUGAAUAAUUAUCUGGCUAGUUUUAGUGCGAGAACAAUUAAAGUUUCUUGCGAUUUCACUAUCUGGAAACAUUUGCGGGACAAGUUUCGUGAAAUUAUCACUGAGUUUCACAGAUAAAUUGUUUUCACAAACGAAGUUCGCCCAUAACAGUUCCGCAUAAAUUAUUUUGUUUGGUUUGGUUACAAAACUCGUCAAAAAACAACUCUGAUCAGCAGCUCGUUGGUUUUUCGCAUGAACUUGCAUCUUCAAGCCGCCCUUUGUCACGUUCAGUUCCGAGUUGCAAGUCGAACAAAUGGCGGAAAAUUCCGUUUUGCCACGCCUCAACCAUUUCAAUUCUUGCUCCCAUUCUUUACGAUAACGCUGUUUAUAAAGUGACCUAUCUGGCAAAGCCUUUCGUUUUUUCUCCAUCACAAUCAGCUAAAACCAAACCUCUGUGCCAAAACUACUACUUAAAUCACGUAAGAAGUUUGUAAACAAAUGCCGCACCUUCUAAAACAUUGUAAUGGCAAAAAAUACCAAUGUUUACUGACGCCAUGACACUUCUUAGCGUUUAACUCAACAAACAAAAAACAUUUCCCCCGAAACCAUAGAUAUUGUACUUCAUGAAACAAUAUGUGGGAGUAUAUGUUUUUGGUUUGUGGUUAAACGAUUGAAAGUUCCAUGGCGCUACACCUAAUGUGAGUGUUUUCUUUACUGUUGGAUGCUUGUAUAGUUUGGCAACUUCAAAUAGGUAGUUGAAUGUAAAUAUUUACAUGAACGAAAUUCAAAUAUGAAAAUAUUGGCGAAGCGUCGUAAAUAUCCGUGAAUGUCGCCGUUUAUCCGUUAGUCCGUUUUAAGCUUCAAAUAUCCGUGAAAACGGAUAAAAUCCGUAAAAACGGCAGGCCUGCAUUAGAGAUGCAUUUAUAAAAGGUCUCUCAUCGAACAGUAUCCGACAACGUUUGUUAGAAAACGCAACUCUUAGCCUGGAUGAAGCAUUUGCAAAAGCACGAUCAUUAGAAUCAGCUCAUAUAAUUUCUGAAUCCUAUAUUCCUAGCCAGACACCUUUAGCCUCAACUGAGCCGGUUCAGCAACCAAAUUCUCCUGUAACCACAGCCAGCAGUAGUCAGAAAUGUUUCUUCUGUGGGUUCCCUCGUCAUCCUCGUUCUUCCUGUCCAGCGCGAGAAGCUACAUGCAAACUCUGUGGUAAGAAAGGCCAUUAUGCAAAAGUCUGUAGGUCAAUUAAGCCCAAAGAUCGUACUGCCGCCUUACCUGACUCUCCUCAAGACACAGAUGACUUCUCAACUGUUGCUUGUCUUCCUGCUAAGUCUCUGGUUUUCCCUACUAACCAAUCUAAUCGUAAUCGUAAGACCAAACCAACAUCUUCCAAAACAUCAGCUGCUUCUCCAACUAGCCUUUCCAAAACCAUUGUCAAACUGAAAGUAAAUGGUUUUCCAGCUGAAGGGCUAAUAGACACGGGGAGUUCGCAGAGUUACAUAAAUGAUGGUUUUGUCUCCAAACAUAAAUUAAAACAAUAUCCUACGUCAUCUGAAGUAGCUAUGGCAUCGUCCUCUUUGGCCAUGCCUAUAAAAGCUUAUUGUUCCGUAGAUUUACAAAUCUCGGACAAUAUAUACAGAAAAACAAAGCUUAACGUUCUAAACAACUGUUGCGCAGAUGUUAUAUUAGGGUACGAUAUCUUUAAGCAGCAUUCCACUCUGUCGAUAGUUUUUGGUGGUAAUAAACCUGAACUGCAAAUCAGUAGCUUAGCAUGUGCCAAAGUCGGUCCGGCCACCCUCUUCGAACACUUAACACCAAAUUGUAGACCUAUCGCGAUCAAGUCCAGACGACACUCAAACGAAGACGAAAAAUACAUUCAAUCCCACAUAGAAAAACUUCUCUCUGACGGUGUCAUUGAAGAAAGCAACUCACCUUGGAGGGCGCAGGUACUAGUCGUGAGUGGAACACAUCGAAAACGUAUGGUCGUCGACUAUUCUCAGACUAUAAACCGAUACACGAUGUUAGACGCUUACCCAAUCCCUUCCAUAGAGAAAAUAGUUUCCGAUGUAGCUAAAUAUAAUAUCCACAGCACAAUAGAUCUCAAGAGCGCAUAUUAUCAAAUACCAAUAAGGGUCGAAGACAGGCAAUUCAAACGUAUACCAAUGGGCGUCACCAAUGGAGUGUCUGCGUUCCAGAGGAAGAUGGACGAGAUCAAGACCAAAGAAAGACUACAAGGAGUUGACAUCUACUUGGACGAUGUGACGGUGAGCGGAAAAGACCGAUCUGAACACGACUCCAAUCUACGAAAAUUUUUUAGACGUCUGCAAGAAAUAUAAUUUAACCAUCAAUCAAGAAAAAUCCCAUUUCAAUUUGAAGUCUCUUAAGCUCCUCGGUUAUCUCAUCGAAAACAAUAUACUCAAACCAGAUCCUGACAGACUUAAGCCACUGAUUGAUUUCCCUAUCCCUAGAAACAAAGUAUCCUUGCAACGAGCACUAGGGAUGUUCGCUUAUUAUUCUAAAUGGAUUCCAAAAUUUUCAGAAAAAAUACGUAGAUUAGUGAACUGUAAAGUAUUUCCUAUGGCCCCUGAACUAAUCCAAGACUUCAACAAUUUACGGAACUGCGUAGUUAAAUCCUUCGUCGUAGACGUAGAGGAAGACAUCCCAUUCUGCGUCGAAACAGAUGCCUCUGACGUCGCCAUCGCCGCCACUCUGACUCAAAACAAGAGACCAGUAGCCUUCUUCUCGAGAACCCUCACUAAGAGCGAACAACACCAUUCAGCUGUCGAGAAGGAAGCUUAUGCGAUCAUUGAAGCCCUUCGGAAGUGGAGGCAUUACUUGAUAGGAAGAAAGUUUCAACUUAUAACCGACCAGAAGUCUAUUUCUUACAUGUUUAACAUUCGGCAUCCUGGUAAAAUCAAGAACGAAAAAUUUACAAGAUGGCGGUUAGAACUUGCUCCUUACAACUAUGACAUCAUCUACAGACCGGGGAAGGAGAACGUGGCGGCUGACGCUCUCUCUAGGACUUGCGGCUCGCUCCAUACCUUCGACAGACUUGUCCACUACCACAAGGCUUUGUGUCACCCAGGGAUCACCCGGAUGGCUCACUGGGUGAAGAAUCAGAACCUUCCCUACUCCAUCGACGAGAUACGCCGAGUCACGUCUUCCUGCAGAACAUGCUCCGAAAUCAAACCUCGCUUUCACAACAAGCGGAGCACCCUCAUCAAGGCCACCGCACCCUUCGAACGGCUCAGCGUUGAUUUUAAGGGACCAUUACCAUCCAACACUCCUCGGAAAUAUCUGUUAACGGUAGUUGACGAGUACUCCAGGUUCCCUUUUGCCAUCCCUUGCAACGACCUAUCCUCCACAACCGUCAUUCAAGCACUAAAUCAGAUCUUUACACUCUUCGGAUAUCCUUCAUACAUUCACACAGACAGAGGCACAUCCUUUAUAUCCAGAGAACUUCAAUCAUUCCUACAUUCCAAUGGAGUUGCUACUAGUCGUACUACACCAUACAAUCCGUGUGGAAAUGGCCAAGUAGAAUGUUACAAUGGGAUAAUAUGGAGAACUGUAUCGCUGGCGCUGAAAACGAAGGGACUCGUGAUAACGCAGUGGGAGAAGGUGUUACCUGAAGCGUUGCACUCCAUCCGCACACUGCUCUGUACUGCUACUAACGCUACACCCCACGAACGUAUGUUCUACCAUAAGAGAAGGGCCAGUUCUGGAGUUACUCUUCCUUCGUGGCUUACUACACCAGGGAAAAUUCUAAUGAAGAAUCACGUCCGUCAGAGUAAAUAUGAUCCCCUGGUGCAAGAAGUAACUCUGCUUGAGGCGAACCCUGACUAUGCUCUGGUUCAACUUCCAGAUGGUAAGGAGACAACAGUCAACCUCAGGCAUCUUGCUCCUGCAGGGGAUAUUGUCAACAAUGAACCUAACUUAGAAGACGUGAAUUUUCCAAACCUCGCUGAUGAUCCUAAUCAACACACUGAAGCAUCUGAAGACACCCAGCUGAACCUCACUCCAGAAGAUUCACCUGAGAAGAACAUGAAUGAUCAAGACCUACCUCAAGUGAACCCAAUUUGGACUCCACCCAGAUCUCCUCCCAGACCUCAACCUCCACUCCGGAGAUCUUCCCGCACCACUAGACCUUCUGAAUAUCUCAAGGACUAUGUCCUUAAAUGAAGAGGGGGCGAAUGUGGUGAAGUGUUUUCAGAAUUUUCCUUUUUUUUUUCUUUUUCAGACAGCACCAAGGAUGAGUGACCAAAAUUUCUAAAAGGGUGCGCCACCGUUGGGUGACCAGAAUUACUCUAUGGAGUAUAUUUCCUAAAAUGCCAAAAUCUCUGAUGUAAAAUGUGUUAUAGUUGGGCGCCUAUAAAACUCUAUAAAGUACUAGUGUUGUGAUUGUGUAUGUAGCACAACUACUAACCUCUACAGAAUAUUAAAUAAAAUAUGUCUUAUUACGUUGGUAAUGAAAAUAAAUUAUUCUCAGGUUGUAUGUACUAGUGUAGUUUGACUCUGUGUGAAUAUUAGAAAAUAAAAUGUCGUAGAUUUUCUUAGCAGUAUGUCUCCUUCUCUUUGAUGUAAGUAUUCUCACCUUAAAAUCAACAAAUAUAAUGACUAAAACAAUAUUUCUUAACUGGUAGUGUGUUUAAAAGCAUUAACUUCUCUAUGACUGCUGAUCUCAGUGUAAUAAAAAUUAAUUAUUCUUUUCAAGACAGCCAAAGCUAAAUAAUUCUUUCUCUCUGGUUUAACAUACACAUGAUAUGCAAGUAUGAUAAUCAAUCGGAAAAAUAAAAGAUAUAAUGAAAAUUUAACUUUUUACUAGGGUCAAAAGUAUAGUUGUAUGGGUGACAAUACUCUUUUGCAACAUAUUCAAAUGUAACAUGAAAAGUGACAGAGUCAAUGAUUAGCGAGCAACAUCUAAACACCUUUGGGACAAUUAUUCAUAUUUAAAUAGGUUUUUCAUUAAACAAAAUUUCAACAUCAGUUAUACUUAAAUGUCUUUAGGAAUUAAUUACGUUUUACGUAAUUGAAUCACUGAAUAGUGGUUUGGUUAUCAGUCAAUAUUUUAAAUCUUAUUGAACACAUUUUACCUGGCAAAUUAGUCUUUUUUGUUGCUACUAGCUCAGUUUCUUUCGGUAGAUCAAUAUAUCUCAAGACUUCUGGACCUGGGGCUAUUCUUUAAACAUUCAAGACAAUUAAUGACUUUAACAGACUUUAACUUCGAUCUCGUACAUAUUACUGAUCAAUGUAAGUUCACCAGGUCCAGUAUGUACAAGCUACAAGUCUUUAAGUAGUUAAGUCGUAUUAAGUUGGUUUUGCGAGUUUCAAAUUAGGUCUUGAUCGUAAACAUCAUGGUUUAAGAUAUCUUGCCAUUAGAAUAGGACAGGUACCUUCUCGCUGUUCUUGUUAAUUCGGGGAUGGGGCAGACAAACCUCGUCGCGUCGUUACAAGACCAAGAGGCUGUGGAAAACCUCCCUGAACCUCAGUCUCUCCUCCGAUGUCGCUGGUUGGGUCUCCGUCUCGAUGCACCUCCUCUCGUGCUGCUGGUACUCCCGCAGGACUGGCGUCGGUCACCUGGAGUUGUCUAGAAGGCUGAUGCCUUCCGGUACACCGUCUACGAUGCCGUCUACAGCCGUUGAACUCCUUCCAUCUCGAAGAUUGAUAGUCGUUUACUUUUUCUUCUUAAUUAGUCGUUGAUCUAGUUCUAUUUAGGCUAUUAGUCAAAAACCUAUCGUCGUCGUCGAUUCUUUAGUAGAGCUCCGAACAUCGGUAACUAUCUCUUCUUCAUUGCGUAGUUCCGGGCAUUUCUUACAAAAUCAUCAUUUUCACGUAUAUUAUAGCUAUUCAGUCGUCGUUCCAAUGUUUUACGUGAUAUUCUUAUAUUCAUUUAUGACUAAAUCACGGAGCUCUCUCUCUCUAAUCAUUCUCCCAUGAUAGUAGAAUAGAAACUCAAGUUCCAAUUUUUUCUUUAAGCAGUUAAAGUUUUCUGUAUUGAACACACUCCGAAAUCUCACUGGAAAUUACUAAAUUGUUUAAAUAAAAUACAUGCGCAGUCAAGCGUCCAAUAACAUAUUCUCUUUACUCAGUCAUGACCCAAAAACAAUAUUAAAAUGUGUAAGCUCAUUUCCUAUUCGUCGCCGUUUAACAAAUGUUUGCAAAGACAUUUCAUAAAAUUAGUACUUAGAUAAAACAAGAUAAAACAUAAAAAAAUUAAAGAGUAAAACAAAAUUGACCUGACCAUAGAGAAACAAUACUUGUAAAUAUAAUUCAUAACAGGGCUAAGACAAAGUCAUAGAGGUAAGAAGUAAAAAUAAUAAACAUAAAAUUCCUUUCUAUUGAGGGCUUCUCAAAUACCUCUAUAGUGGUGAUAUUGGUUUUAACCUCUUAGCAACCUCUUUGCAUGAACAUUGUUUAACCUUCAAUAUUACCUCUUAUUCAAAUCUAUGUAUUAAUUCAUGUAAAUAUCUAAGUCAUGUUUUGUGCUUAAUAAAGCCUUAGUUUCUGAAGAUAAGGUUUAUUAUGUCAAGUAGCUAGAUCUCUGGGAUAAAAAAAAAUUACUACAAGUUGUGGGAAAAAAAAAAAAACUUUAGAGAACUUGUGAUACCUUUAAAACAGUUAACAUUUAACUUAGGUGAAUAGCUGAUUUCAUAUGUAAGAUUCUUAUCAAUGACAACAGAAUACAAUAGAAAUUUAGAUAUGAAAAUAUUCACAUCAAAUAAAUCUUAACUAGUAGUGGACUAAGACCGUAACACAAACAGUCAAUUUAAAUCAUUAGUUUCACUCUAUCUGAAUUAUUAUUCUGAUCUUGCGAAAGACAAAAACACAAAUUGCUGCAGGACAAAUCUAUUCUCAAUACUAGAACUGUUGCAAGCGAAGCUUGAUCAUGUCUUCAUCCAGAGACACCGUACGAAAUAUGACUGGCUGUGGGCACGUCGUACUGGAAAUGGAUCAGCAUCUUUCACCGUCGUUGUUGCACAUCAGUAUUUUACAAUUUUUACCCAACAAAGUAGUUCUUAAGGUGGUUGUACACUUACAUAUUAGUAUAUAUUCCACUUGAUCAGAAUGUAAUAAAUCUUCUUGUCGAAACUGAAGUUCAAAAGUUGCUCUUUCAAUUUCCACAGCAACUAUAAAUUAAUUGGAUAAGAAUAUUCCUCCAAUGUAUUUCAGAAACUGCUCGAACUCAAAUCAUUGAAGCAGUUAUGUAGUUGCUCAUCACAGUAGAUACAAUUCGUUAUUAUAACGUUUCCAAUAUUAUUUCAGGAUGUAGUUAGUUCUCCGUAGUUAGGUAAAUUAAAACUACAAAUGAAGAAAUCUCCAGUCUUAUGUCCUUUUAUUCUAUAAAAUUAUGGUUUCAUAGGAAUAUUUACAAAUCUUCAUAAGACGUAGAAUCAUUCGCAGAAUCCUUGUCAAUUACUUAAACUCGUAGAUUCUGUUGGAAUUAUAUUCCAAUUUUUGGAGUCAGAAAUAUAGGACUGCUUCCUACAACAUUCAGGAACUAACUAAAAGCUUCCAAUUUGAACCUCCUUGUUGAUCCGUCCGGCAACAAUUAUAGUAUAUUUUAAAUAAAAACCAAAUAAAUCUAAAUCUGCCCAAAACUAAUCAAAUAACAGCAACCAAUCCUAGCCCACAUAACAAGUUCAUAUUUUUACAACUGCGUUACUGGGAAUGAAUUAUUUUAUAGGACAAAUUUUGAUAGGUAAAUAAAAAUUCAUUAGAAAAAACAUGCAAAGAUAAAUACUAAAGAAGUGUGUUACAUGUCAUACUGCUAGAAAGUUGUAGAGAAUAAAUACAUAUUACAAUUCCAAAACAAAUGUCAUGAAUUAAACAUUAUCAUUCAUUACUCUUAAAAUAUUAAAGAUGAGAGUUUCUACCUUUAUAAUAGUUACAGUCAAUCUAUCACCAUGUUCACACAGUCACCAUGUUCACACAGUAAUAGCUUUCUUGCUGCAUCUAUCUAUGGUACUAUAGAAAUUGGGACUUGUGCCUUGAAUGCAAAAUAAACAAACUUAAACAUAAAUAAAAGUUCCAGAAUGGAGUGUAAAUUUGUUGUAAAUGUGUUUGUAAUAUUUUUUCUACGGGUACGUGCCCAUCAUAAAUAACUGAAUUGACUGAAUAGUGUGACAUAUUGUUUUGACUGAAAGGUAUUCAUCUGCUAUAGCAUUCUACAUAACCUCAAUGUGUGGCAUUGGAAGUUACCCAAGGACACUAUAACACAUGAAAGUUUCAGAUAUGUCGGAUUGUUUACAUUUGCUGUACUAUGUUAUUAUGUAUUAACCAAAGGAUUAGUAUAAAUUACUAUAGAGACAUGAGAAUAUAUUGCCCUUUAUAACCAAACAUAAUAUGUUAAAAGGAAUUAAAACUUAUUGGAAUAAACCACUGGGAACAAAUAACACAAAUAUCAGAUUGGUGCUGGUUGUAAUUAUAGGCCUUUGUAAAAACAACAAUGUAAAACAAACAUCGACAAAACAAUUAACAUAUUAACAAAUGUUAUUGAGUAUUAUAUAUUAAAGUAACGAGCUCGUGAACAACUAGGUAGGUAUGUACCAAGUAUUUAUAUUAGAUUUAAGUAGAAACAGGUUAAGUUUAUCAACAAAUAUUAUUUAAAAAAUUAAUUCAUCAAACAAAUAUUAAAUUAUUGAAGUCUUCUUAUAAUUCUUUCUUCAGAAUAAAAAUUAAUUGUCCGAAAUGUUCCAAAGUGUAGAAAUCAAUAUGAUUUCGUUGAUUCAAGUUCAAUAGUAGAAACUUGCAUGAUGAUCACGUAGAAGUUUAAAACAGUUACAUAACCUUAAAAUAAUAAUAAUGAAAUUUCUGGCCUUUGUUUUGAAGAGGUCAAUUCCCAAAAAUGAAUUUAGAUUCCUGGAACACCAAAGCCAGGAUGAGGCCCAUGACUCGAACCGCUAUGGAAUGAAACCACAAAAAUAUUAACCUCCAAACAUAAAAAAUAAUUAUCAUGGGAUACACUUUUCCCACAGACGAAACAUUUACUCACCCAAAACGGCGGUAACAGAUAAGUUAUUACAUUUUGUGGUGGUUUUUACAUCCGCACCAAAAAAUUACAUGCCAAAUGGCCGAAAAGAAAUUGAAAAGGGCAAGGUAAGUCUUUUUCGUUUGGCACGACAGAAAUCACAGAGUUUACAAUAAGUAGAAUUAUACAAACAAAACAAAAUAUUCAUAUAACCAGUAUUGUAGUAUUGUUUCCUUUACACAUUUGAUUAUAAUAGAAACAAACACAUUUAAGACAUUAUUAAUUAAAUAGCUACACAAAACUUUAACAUUAAGACAAUGAAAUAUGUAAAGAUAAAUAAAUAUUAAAUACAAUCUUUGCAUAAAAAUAUUAAAAUUUAUUUAACAUGAAAGAUUAAAAAAAAAAGAAA